GGAAAUUACAAAGAUAUCAAUAGACACUAUAGUACUUCAUGAUUCCCUUUUUUUUUUGCAGAAUCAGCUAAUAGUACUCUAUAUAUGUUGGCUCCUCGAGACUCCCCAACAAUAGCUGCCAGCAAUAAACUUCUCCCAUCCCUGGCGAGAUGGACAUCAGGAUCCCGUUUCUUGCCUUCUUCCUCCUCGCCCUCCUCCUCAAGCUCAUCAGGAGCUGCAUCACGCCCUCACGCGCAAAGCCAUCGCCAGCGCUUCGCCUCCCGCCGGGGCCAUGGCAGCUGCCGCUCAUCGGCAGCCUGCACCACCUCCUCCUCUCGCGCUUCCGCGACCUGCCCCACCGGGCGCUGCUCGAGAUGGCCGGAACACACGGGCCGCUCAUGCUGCUCCGCCUGGGCUCGGUCCCCACGCUGGUGGUCUCCUCCGCCGAGGCCGCCAGGGAGGUGAUGAGGACCCACGACCUCGCCUUCUGCAGCCGCCACCUGAGCGCCACCAUCGACAUCCUCAGCUGCGGCGGCAGGGACAUCAUCUUCUCCCACUACAACGAGCGCUGGCGCCAGCUCCGCAAGGUGUGCGUGCUCGAGCUCUUCAGCCAGCGCCGCGUGCUCUCCUUCCGGCCCAUCCGGGAGGAAGAGGUGGCGAACCUGCUCCGCUCCAUCUCCGGCGAGUGCGGCGGCGGCCGGCCCGUCAACGUCAGCGAGGGGAUCUGCCACGCGAUAAACGACGUCGCCGUGCGCACGGCCAUCGGCGACCGGUGCAGGUACCAGGACGAGUACCUGCGCGAGCUCGACGAGGCCGUGCGGCUUACCGGCGGGUUCAACCUGGCCGACCUGUACCCGUCCUCGCCGCUGGUGCGCCGGUUCAGCGCCGCCGCGAGGGACAUGGCAAGGUGCCAGAAGAACAUGUACCGGAUCAUCGAGAGCAUCAUCCAGGAGCGCGCCGUCAUGCGGACGCCAGAGCGAGACGAGGACCUUCUCGAUGUGCUCCUGAGGCUGCAGAGGGAAGGUGGCCUGCAGUUCGCUCUCACCAACGAGAUAGUCAGCACCGUCAUUUUCGAUAUAUUUUCUGCCGGGAGUGAGACGUCAUCCACCGUACUGGUGUGGGCAAUGGCGGAGCUUGUUAAGAACCCACAAGUCAUGCGCAAGGCCCAGGCAGAGGUGAGGGAGACCUUCAAAGGGCAAGACAAGUUAGCUGAAGGUGACAUGGUCAAGCUAAGGUAUCUGCAUCUGGUGAUCAAGGAGACUUUGAGGCUGCACGCUCCGGUGCCGCUCCUGCUCCCCCGAGAGUGUCGCGAGGCAUGCCAGGUCAUGGGCUACGAUGUCCCAAGAGGGACCAAGGUGUUUGUGAACGUUUGGGCGAUAGCGAGGGACAACGAGUUCUGGCACGAUGGCGAAGAGUUCAGGCCAGAGAGAUUUGACGGCAGCGACAUUGAUUUCAAGGGCACCGACUUUGAGUACACUCCGUUUGGGGCAGGCAGGAGAAUGUGCCCCGGCAUCUUGCUCGGGCUGGCCAACGCGGAGCUCCUGCUUGCGAGUCUCCUUUACCAUUUCGAUUGGGAGCUGCCGGACGGUGUCAGGUCGGAAGAUCUUGACAUGACGGAGGCCUUUGGUAUAACGUUGAGAAAGAAGUCCAGGCUCUGGCUGAAGGCUAAGCCUCACAUUAAUGUUGUAUCAAGUUGACCGGUUGAUCUGUGCUGUGAACUCUGUUUUCAGAUUGCGUCUGUCAGCGAAUCAUUGCUAUUCCUUCCAUGCCAUAAUAAGUGCACUUCUACGGUUCAAAAUUUAUCUCAAAAUAAGUGCAUCUUUAUACGUUGAGACAAUCUAACUCUGGUUGUCUUUUUCUAUUUUCUCUCUUCCUAAAGUGCAAUGAUUAUAAUUUUAUAGAGGUAUAUAUGUAAUUUCCCAACAA